CAAAAGAAACUCAUACUCAAUUUUAAUACACGUAAUUAAUUUUUCUUUCUCUUGUAAAAACAAAUAAAUUUAGGACAAACAAUUUCUAUUACACAUUCGAUAAGAGAUUGAUCAUUUCAAAUCGGGAAAAGCAAACUUUUAUCUAAAUUAAUGUAACAGAAAAUCCAGAUUAAGCAACAAAAAUCCUAUCUUUCUUGAUUGGAGAUAUGUAUGGAUAUACCGUAUAUAGUAAUGGAAAUAAAAAAAAUGGGUUUCUUUAUGAGAGCGGUUUCCAUAAGAAGAAUCUGAGUGUAUGAUAGGUUGGCCAGCAGUAUCCGACAUAAAAAAAUCUUUUCUUUCUUUUUUUAUUUUUUUUAUUUUGGGUCUCAGACGAAAAAAAAAAAUCAAAGGAAGGAAAUUUCCUCGAAAGUGCAAGUAUCUUUUCUUCGCCAUUCCGCCAUUCAAUUCCAAAUAUUUUUAUUCAACCAGACCUCUGAUCCCAUCCGGCACAGCAUUACUUGAAAAUUAGCAAAAAAUAACAAGACUGCUGUUCUGGGUUGAACGAGGAAGACGGAGAAUCGAAAGUACCAAACUGUCAAGACUUGUUGUUGUACGGGCCUCACUGCCAUUGAAAUUUCCUUUUGGCUAAGAAACGUAUCCAUUUUCUUUCCUUUUAAUGUGGGGUUUGAUUCAUUCCCAGUUGACGCGUUGCCAGAAUUCACCUAAAAAGUUCCGACUUGCGGCCGUCCAUUUAAAUUGAGGAUAAAAACCUCCCCUGUUUUUGUGAUGCUCUUUUUGUUCAUGGGUGUCGCCAACUUAUUCUGAUUUUAAUACUUGAAGAUGGAUUACAAGCUACAAAUGGUCGGGGUUCAACCCCACCUUGAAAUGGGAUCGCUACAUGAUCAGUCCGUACAUGAAUUUGACGAAGAAAGCCUCUUUCCCCCGCAAACAGAUGAUCAAAAGACACCUUCUGUCAAUUCAGUUGAACUUGGAGCACUUUCUGGUAGUUUUCCAGUUGGUGGUAGUAAAAUAAUAAGGAAUGGAGUAUGUAGGAGCAUAAAGACUGUAGUUUUCUCAAACAAACUCAACUUGCUUAUGCCUUUCGGGCCUCUGGCAAUCCUGGUUCAUAAAUUGAGCGGUCAUAAUGGUUGGGUCUUCUUUCUAAGCUUAUUGGGUAUAACACCCUUGGCUGAGCGUUUGGGUUAUGCCACAGAGCAGCUGGCAUUUUUCACUGGGCCUACAGUUGGGGCUCUGCUAAAUGCUACGUUUGGAAAUGCAACGGAAAUGAUUAUAUCGAUUUAUGCACUGAAAAAUGGGAUGAUGCGCGUUGUGCAGCUGUCAUUGUUAGGCUCAAUUUUGUCAAACAUGUUGCUGGUUCUUGGAUGUGCUUUCUUCUGUGGUGGUCUUGUUUUUCAUAGAAAGGAGCAGGAAUUUAACAAGGCAACAGCAGUUGUGAAUUCAGGACUGCUGUUGAUGGCAGUCAUGGGCUUGCUGUUUCCAGCAGUCCUUCACUAUACUCACACUGAGGUGCAUGCUGGGAAGUCAGAGUUGGCUCUUUCGAGAUUCAGCAGUUGUAUCAUGCUUGUGGCCUAUGUUGCCUAUCUUGUUUUCCAGUUAAAGAGUCCAAAAGACACCUAUGUUCCCAUUAAUCAGGAAGUCAGUCAGAAUGGGGAGAAUGUGGAUAAUGAUGAAGAUGAUGGUGAGGCUCCAGAGAUAUCUAAAUGGGAAUCAGUGAUUUGGCUUGCAAUUAUGACAGCUUGGAUUUCAAUCCUAUCUGAGUAUCUGGUUGAUGCCAUAAAGGGAACAUCUGAUGCAUGGGACAUACCAAUUGCCUUUAUUAGCGUUAUCUUGCUCCCAAUUGUUGGGAAUGCUGCAGAGCAUGCUAGUGCUAUCAUGUUUGCCAUGAAAGACAAGCUUGACAUAUCAUUGGGAGUUGCAAUAGGUUCUUCAACACAGAUAUCUAUGUUUGGUGUAGGUUUUUUGCAUUAGUAGUAGCCCCUUUUGCCCCAAUAUCUUUUCCCACAUUUAUAUUUUUGUUAUCAAUGUCUGUUGAGUUGAGUGGUCAUGAUAGAUAUUCAUCGUCGUAGUUAGUCAUGUAUGCUUGAAACAAUUAUGUGCAAGAUGGCGGUAAAGCUACUCUUCUCUAAAUUAAGACAACUCUUGAAUCCUUGAUGUGCAAGUUCUUUACCUUGCGUGUAUUCUGACGUUUGUAUUAUGCUGUAACUGCAGAUUCCUUUCUGUGUGGUUAUUGGGUGGAUGAUGGGACGCCAAAUGGACUUGAACUUCCAACUUUUUGAGACAGCAACCCUCUUCAUAACUGUUAUUGUAGUAGCUUUCUUUCUGCAGGAAGGAACUUCAAAUUACUUCAAAGGACUAAUGCUUAUUCUUUGCUAUCUCAUAGUUGCUGCAAGUUUCUUUGUACAUGAAGAUCCUACUGAUAAGAAUUAAACGGGAACAUAACCAACAAAGGAAGGAGCAGUGAAAUGGAGUGGAUUUUUGAACCAAAGAGAAGAAAAAGGUUAUUGGUUGGAGCACAUGCUGCUGCUGUAUAUAUUUUCAUUCGUUCCUAGACUAGAUGGCAGAGAAUUGUCCAUUUAUCUGGUUGGGCUUGUUCAGUUGGUAUUGCUGAAUAGGUAUCACAGUCGUUGUCACCUUUGGUGGAAAACUUUGAUUUAAAAUUUAAUGGCGAAUUGGUGAAACUGUAUACAUUAGAAAAAUGUUAAGUGUUUUGGUUUUGAUAGCUAUGUAAUGGCAAUUGUUUUGUGUACAACUGCUUUUGACCUCUAUUCAUUGUGGGAUUGGAACUGCACUGCAUUGCAUUGCAUGAAAUGCAACAA